AUGAGUCGUGACGCUGAUAGACAUUUUCUUUGGUUGACCAAAGCGAAGGUAGCCAGGAGGAAACCUCGCAAUAGUCCACCGCAGCCGUCAUAUUCCCCAAACCACGCGUCACGUCCCACCUCACACGGGGACGGCCAACUAUACUACUACCACGAUCGUGAGGGCGACGCAUCGCCAGCGAUGAGAUGAUUUUCUCCGCAGUUAGCGCGAAACUGUCAAACGCGUGCAUCAACGUGCCGCAACUGCAGCGACUGUCCCUUUCAUUCGGACAAAGUCGCUCUCGCAAGCACACGCCUUUUCUGUUUUCCUUUUGUUUUGUUUUUGUUGUAGUUAAGGAGUACAGGUUCUCCCAUCGAUUUGUCGACGAGUAGAGCGAGAAGGCCACGACGAGGAAUAUGGUAACUACCGUGUCAACGAGGAAGAAGGGGAUCAAUCCUCGGACGAGACGGAGACAAAGUCAGUGGUACUGACGCUAUUCUGGACGAAGAGAAAGUGGGAAGAGAGGGGGCACCGCUGGUUAGCCAGUUUAUACGAUCCGGACAGUAGCGCCGCGAGCCUCGGCAUCUACGUCCGUUGCGACCCAGUGCGGUUGGUAUCUCUAACUCGUACACUGUAACGCUGAGAAGUCGACGCAUUCACGAAGGGAUUGAAGGACCAGACCCUUGCUCGAUUCUCGCGUCGAGGUUGGCUAUGGGUGCAUGAUGGCACCGACAAAGGAGAAUGAGCGACAUUUGUCGUAUGGGAAGUUGUCGUAAUUUUUCUAACUUUAGUAGGAUCUUUGACGUAACGGAAACCUCCGGCUUUCCUUUGGAAAAAUUUCAACGUACUCGUGUUCCAGGACUAUCAUGCGAGGGAAGGAAAUUUUUGCUCACGGUUGACGAUUACCACGUCACGAGGGUAGGGCAACUUGAUGAAAUUCGCCGAGGACACUACACGAGAAUCUGAGAAGGUCGAACAGGCCCACGCUUAAAAAAAAGCCCACAGUAGGACCACUACCCCCUCGAAGGAUUGUUUGUUUUCGGUCCGGCUCGAAGUUCGAAACUUUGCCUGAGAAAGGAAAAGUUUUAUCUCAAGCAGGAGACGCUGUUGGCAGAACCCCCCCGCCACAUCAAAUGAUGGAGUGAACAAAAAACGGAAAGGUAGGGAGGCGGAACAUUAUAUCACAAUCAAAAAGGCAUGGCACGCGCUCAGGGAGAUAGGAGGUGAAGGGAGGACAUGUGAGACGUCAAGGGGUGAAACGCAGAAUGCCCUAUUGAGAGGAGCAUCGCGCGAGAUUUUGAGCAUGGACCCAGAGUUGCUUGUCUCUAGCGCUCAGCAGUCCAGGAGUGAAUGGGAAGUGAUGGUGAAGGAGUAAUGGACAAAGGCUGGUAAUUUAGGAUCGCAGUAAUCUCUAUUCGAGAAUCUGUCAAAAGAAAAACGGAGGGGAGAAAUAGUCAGUCAGAAGGACUCCGAUCGCUGUCGUUCAGGCUAUGAAAAGGUCAACCCAGAGAAGAGAGAGAAGACUAAACGCGUGGAUCGUCACGGGAAACAUGCCAUCCUCCCCGAAAUAGCAGAGGAGACUCUCACGGAUAAUCUUAAUUCGCCUCAGAAAAAAAA